AUGGCAGCUCUUUCUUCUCGGUGCCCUCGCAGUGCAGCAGGCCCCGCUUAUUUGCAAGAAGUAGCCAGGUCAGCCCACUGGGCCUCCCCACCCCUUGUGCCGCUUCGCAUGUUUCAGAGCGCUGUCUUUUCCUCUGGGUCCUUCCAUUCAGGAGAGGAGAAGGAGGAGGUGAGCCUGUUGAGAAUGGCGUUGGUGGGGCAGGGGCCGGUUCCCCUGUUUCUGGGGACUUUCUGUGCUGGUUGCAGGCAGGGGCCCUCAGUGUGGAGCUGCGGUGAGCCUGUACCCCGUCGUAUUUGGAUCACAGCCCCCGUGACCCCCAGCGCCCUCCAGGCACUCCACACCUGCAGUGAUUCGCUUGGUAUUUUAAAAGCACUCCAUCUUCUGCCUGCUGCCUUCUCUCCAUUUAUCUGGGUCCGGGUUUUCGCCGAGCCAUCUAAUAAAGAAUCCAGGGGGGAGAAUGAUGGGGGCGAGGAGAGGGAAAGUGCUAACAUUUAUUAA